AUGGUGAAACUUUUGUACCCAACCUCACACAAGCUGGACAUCUCGCUCGUAGAGGGUUUCUCAAUUGAGCUCUGUCCUUACAAUGUUAAAGAACUGUUUCGGGAGGUAGAUCUCGACGCAGAAAUACUUGUUACCUGGUUCAACAGUAAAGACAACUUGAAGGAUGCCGCCACGCGUCUCAAAAAACUCCGCUGGGUCCAAUCUUUGAGCGCCGGGGCCAACGACAUUCUUGCAGCUGGUUUCGGCCCUGAGGUCAUCUUGACCAGUGGGUCUGGUUUACACGACCAUACGGUUGCUGAACAUACGCUUGGUCUCAUUUUGAAUGCAGCACGUCGAUUCUUCGAGAUGCGUGAUUAUCAAAUGCAGGGGAAAUGGCCCGGGCAUCUCGGGGGAAUGCAACCCGAUCGGCCGCCCGGUGCGUUUACCUCAUUGUGCGACGCCAAUGUCCUAAUAUGGGGCUUCGGAAAUAUCGCACGUACGCUAUCUCCUCUGUUGCUGGCACUUGGAGCUCGAGUACGUGGUAUUGCCCGACAGCCAGGGAUCCGGAGUGGGAUCGAAGUCUUUAGCGAUCAAAAGAUAGAAGAGCUGCUGCCGGAGACUGAUGUCCUGUUGAUGAUGCUGCCGGGUUCUCAGGGCACGAAAAACGUGCUUUCCGCUCAGCGACUUGAACUUUUGCCGAAGCAUGCUUGGGUAGUCAACGUCGGAAGGGGUAUGGCUCUGGAUGAGAAGGCUCUCUACGAGGCACUACACAAGGGUGUGAUUGGUGGCGCCGCCCUUGACGUAUUUGUGACGGAACCACUGCCAGAGGCCAGUCCUCUUUGGAAGGCGCCGAAUCUGAUCCUAUCACCUCAUGCCGCUGGGGGCAGGCCCCGGGAUCCUGAAGGUCUCAUUGCGCACAAUGUGAGACAGUUUCAAGCCGGACAGAAGCUGAAGAAUGUUCUCUGA